GGAAAAGAAAGAAGUAACUUCCCAUAACGGUUCUUCUACAAAUUCACCACCUUCUGAUCUAUGAAUCACUUCCGAUCUACGCUACCCUUUUUCUGUUUCUAGUCACUUCAUUUUCGAUACACAUUUUUACACUUUCUUAGGGUUCCAAGUCCCCUUUUCCUAUUGAGAUUAUUGAUUGGUUUCUACUAUAACUCAAUUGGAGCUUAGGAUUCAACACAUUUGAAAAGGAAAGAAGGAUGAAGGUGGGCUUCUAUGGCUUGAAGGGUAAAGAAAUUUCCCUUAUUUCCAUUAUCCUGGUGUCCACAACGUUCAUUAUAUGGUCAUGGGAGAGAGCACCCGGUCGUGCUUCAUUUAUUUCCUCUCAAACAUUGAUGCAUUUUUCUUCAGAAAUGCUUUCCAGUGUGUUAGAUGAAUAUGAUAGCAGCGGAGAAGUUGGCAUCAGUUUGAAUAAUGCCACAGAAAACGAAGGGAAAAUUUCAUGCAAAUUUGUUAGAUUGAUGAACCAUAUAUUGCUAGUACUGUUAAGUAAGGACUGCUUUCUUGUGGAUCCUUUUCCAGUAUGUAACCUUGCAAAAGGAAAAUGGGUUCCAGACAACCGCCAACCGUUAUAUUCAGGUUUCGAAUGCAAGCAAUGGCUGUCAGAGAUGUGGGCUUGCCGCUUGACACAACGCACAGAUUUUGCAUAUGAAAGGCUUCGAUGGCAGCCAAAAGAUUGUCAAAUGGAGGAAUUUGAAGGGUCUAAAUAUUUGAGAAGGAUGCAACACAAAACUCUAGCCUUUGUUGGAGACUCAUUGGGUCGGCAGCAGUUUCAGUCUCUAAUGUGCAUGAUCACUUCUGGGAAGGAAACGCUUGAUGUGGAAGAUGUGGGGAAGGAGUAUGGGCUGAUUCUAUCUGAGGGUGCCGCUCGCCCUGAUGGAUGGGCUUACCGGUUUUUGAGCACCAAUACUACAAUUCUCUACUACUGGUCUGCAAUUCUCUGUGAUAUUGAACCUAUCAAUGUCGAUGAUCCAGCGACAGAAUAUGCAAUACAUCUUGACCGGCCUCCGCUGUUCUUGCGCCAAUUCCUUCACAAGUUUAACGUUCUGGUUCUCAAUACAGGUCACCAUUGGAAUCGAGGAAAGAUCAAUGCUAAUCGGUGGAUAAUGCAUGUUGGAGGUGUGCCAAAUACUGACAAGAAGAUAGCAGUGGUUGCGGGUGCCAAGAAUCUCACUGUUUACAAUGUGGUUAGGUGGGUGAGCUCGCAGCUUUUAGAGUAUCCUAGUUUAAAGGUAUUCUUUCGGACCAUUUCCCCAAGGCAUUUUGUUGGUGGGGACUGGAACACUGGAGGCAGCUGUAACAGCACUACACCAAUGUCAGUGGGAAAGGAAAUAUUGGGUGAAGAGUCUACAGAUAAAGUUGUAGCCAAUGCAGUGAAGGGAACAAGGGUCAAGAUCUUGGACAUAACAGCUCUUUCUCAGCUUAGGGAUGAAGGUCAUAUAUCACAUUUUAGCAUUUCGGCCAAGCCAGGUGUGCAGGAUUGCUUACACUGGUGUUUGCCUGGCAUUCCUGAUACGUGGAAUGAAAUACUCUUUACACAAAUCUAGUCUGCACAUGAUUUUACAUACUUUUAUUUGCCCAAUCAUGUCGUCAUACUUCCUAUCUUGUACCUUACUCUUCAGAAGAUGCAGUUGUGGGCAUGCAAUGCAAUACAAGAUGCCCUUAGCAGGGUUGGAACUAUGACCUGAUCUUUGAUACAUGAGUAUGACUUUCCUGAUACUUUGAAGUACGGGAUUUUCUUUUGUACAAUAUUGGUUAAGCAUAUAAUUUUACUUCUUAAGUGGCCAGUUGCUUCCUCACAGAGAAGGUUGGUACAUAGCUAAAGUAUUGGAACAUUUAACGAUAGUAACUGGAACUGAGUUAUGCUCGGCUCUUCAACUGCAAUUCCAGACAUUGGGAAAUGGAGAUACCAUUUUUCGUCUUCUUGGGAGCUUGAGAUAAAGAGUUCCAAUGUACUUUUAGAUUUAGUAUACUUACUGGAUCUUCUCAAAGAAUAAACAUUACAAGUUCAAUAUAA